UUUCAUGUUUUUCUGAUUUUCUUUCGUUUUCUGUGUGAAUCUAGUGCCUUGUUGACUGAAAAUCGUCAAAAACGAUGUCUUUGCAUCUAAUGAGUCUCGUUUCCGACAGCGGAGUGCCCAUUUUCUCGAAAAAACGGGGAAAUACUGAAAGUUUGCCUUUUUCAACAGUGGCUUCUCUCUCAACAGUUGCGAUGUUUUGCAAAAAUCAAGGAGCGCAACUCAUUUCGACAGAAUUCGACGAUGGACUGAUCAUGUGGAAGGAGUUUGAGAACAAUAUUAUGGUGAUCGGCAUCGCUCGAGACAUCACCGACACCGUAUUAGCUGACUUAAUUGAGCUCACGUUUAAUGCCAUGGUGCUGGUUGUUGGUGUUGAGGAGCUGCGGAACGUUCAAAACAUCGACCGCCUCAAGAGGGAUUUGAAACAAAGUCUUGCCGUGAUCGAUUCGUUGAUGGAAGCUGUCGAUACGGACUUGCUCAUGUACAACGACAGCGUCUUGGCGCCCGAAAAUAUGGAAUUAUCGAUAAAAUUGCGCGAAUAUGCCGAAGUAACAAAGUCUCCGUACGUUUGUUUGCUCGUAAAACAGAAAAUUGCCUGCGGCACGGAAGGAUGGUGGCUCGAUUUGCACGUAAUUGACCGAAAAUUGUUGAUUUUUUUGAAUUCCGUGCUCACUACAGUCCCAAGAGAGAUGCCUGUCUUCCUGCCGAUCAAGGCACCAACCAUCGCAUAUCGUUUUAUCGCGAUCGCAUUGACGCAACAUCUCACAAUUUGCAUGCUUUGUGGCCCGGAACCGCCUUAUGCGGAACUCGAAUCGAUCACACAGCAAUUUUGGAGUCCCGAAAUUAAUCUUUUAGCAGCUGCCGAGAAAAUUUAUCCGCGAAAUUUCCCCGAAGAUGUCUCGCUGGAUGACAAAAUCCUUGGUCUCAUGCUGGUCAAUGAGAAAACUCGACGGUAUAUGAUCUCGAAAAAUCAUCAAGCGAAAAAUGCCGCAAGUGGACAUCGAUUGGAUAUCCUGCGAACGUUCUUUCAUCAGGCAAUCGUGCCCGUGAGACAAGCUCUUGCCAUUGAUAUUAACGCGAUAAGCACGGAAAAUCAGGACUCAGAGGAGACUUUUAGGAAUUCCGAGCAAUUUUGGUGUAGUGACUAUCAUAAAUCGCAUGCGGUAUUGGAUGGUGAUAAUGUCCUGUGUGUUCUCUAUACGGCUUCGAUCGCAACAGAUGUGAUGCAAGGAACUUCGAAAAAGCUGCUGGAACAGUUGUUACAAGACAAAAAUAACACGCAAUGGCAAUUAUUCUGAAAAACAGGAGCAAACAGGCACGUACAACAUCAAAACUGUCAUUUAGCAGCUCAAACGUACAUGGGAUUGUGGCGCACUGGUAGCGCGUUCGCUUUGCAUGUGAAAGGUACGGGGAUCGAUACCCCGCAGUUCCAAUUACUUUUUUUUUUAUUUUUUGAAAAAAAAAAUAUUUUUUUUAUUUUUUUUUUAUUUAUUUUAAUGUUGAAUAUUUUAGGCUCACAUUGUGUUUAUUAUUUUUUAUAUUUUUACACGAUUCCUCAAAAUUAAAAGUGGGAUGAUUAUUUGAUUUAUUGAUUGAUAAUAUUUUUAGACAAAAAAUUUUUAUUUUUAAUAUUUUUUUU